AUGCACAGGAAGCCUCUGAGCACAUAGAGAGUGAGAGAGACAGAGAGAGAGUAAAAAAAUAAUAAAGACAACGCCUGCCAGUGGGCAUUGCAAAAUAUGUGACGGAACCGCUCAUGAACACAUGCAGCUUACAAGCUCCUUUCUUAACUGGGCGGAUUGUUUCUGAGUGACUAUUGGGUGAACUGAGAGGGCAGAAUGUCACGACGGGACCAAAGGUUUCGGAGAGGAAUGAAAGGACGGUGUUGUGAAUGUGGCUGUAUCCUGUCUCACUGGUACUAUGAAAGAGAGGGACAGCUCUACUGUAAGAAGCACUACUGGGAUCGUUACGGAGAGCACUGCCACGGCUGCAAGGAGACCAUCACAACAGGACUCAUUAUGGUUGCUGGAGAGCAGAAGUACCACCCUGAAUGCUUCACUUGCAUGAGCUGUGAAAUGUUCAUUGGAGAUGGGGACACCUACACGCUUGUCGAACGCACCAAACUCUACUGUGGCCACUGUUUCUGUCAGGGUGUUGUAUCAACUGUGAGGUCAGCGUCUCCACUCACCAAGAGUCCCCACAUGGUGGCACUGGUGUCUCUCCCUCCCCACCCAGGUGGCCGAAGAGGCCUGACUAUAGCCACUGACCUCAGCCAAGACAAAGGCCCUCUUGUCACUGUGACAGGAUUAGACUCAGCUGCCCUCAGCCCUGACCUGCUGUCCUCGGUUCACACUGGAGACCGAGUACUGGAGGUCAACGGCAUCCCUGUUCGCAAUGUUUCCCUUGACGAGAUAAACUGUGUGAUCCAGGACACAAGCAGACCACUGCAGCUGACCAUUGAACACAACCCGCAGUCUCCUGACAACCUACUUCACACAAACAAUCCAGAGGACGACAUCAGCAGUUCUGACCCCUGUAUCUGCGACAAACCUGCUUCAACCCGCAAACUCGGGAGUCUGGAGGAAGAGCCAAGUCCAGGGGAGGAGACAGAUGAACGAAUCAGCCUCUCGUCACCUCAGCACCAAGGAACCAUGGGAAUGCGGUCCAGACAUAUUCUGCGCAGCUGUAGUAUAGAUAAGUGUCGUCCGUCCCUUGGAGCACUGCCACUUUUAUCUCAAAGGAGAGACAUGGUUCGCUCAGAGUCUCUUCGUGUAGACCCUGGAGAUCGGACCCAUCGCAUAUUCAGACCUUCAGACCUCAUCCAUGGAGAAGUACUUGGCAAGGGCUUCUUUGGACAAGCUGUCAAGGUUACACAUCAGGAGACUGGGGAAGUGAUGGUGAUGAAAGAGUUGAUAAGGUUUGACGAAGAGACACAGAAGACUUUCUUAAAGGAGGUGAAGGUGAUGCGCUGUCUGGACCAUCCCAACGUUCUCAAGUUCAUUGGACUAUUUUACAAAGACAAACGAAUAAACUUUGUCUCAGAAUACAUAGAGGGAGGAACUCUCCGGGAGACCAUCAUAAAAAUGGACAAGGAUUUUCCCUGGAGUAUAAGAGUGGGUUAUGCCAGAGACAUUGCAGCUGGAAUGGCCUAUCUACACUCCAUGAACGUCAUCCACCGAGAUCUAAACACACACAACUGCCUGGUCAGAGAGAACCAGUCUGUGGUGGUGGCAGACUUUGGACUUGCCCGGCUGGUGAUGGAGGAGAGGAAUCAGGGCAGAAUAUCCUCUCUGGAACGGCCUGCAAAGGGGACACUGUCUGAGCUCCGCAGGCCUGACCGGAGGAAGCGGUACACCGUGGUAGGAAACCCCUACUGGAUGGCUCCUGAGAUGAUCCAUGGGAAAAGCUAUGAUGAACGAGUGGACAUAUUUUCCUUUGGAAUCAUGAUAUGUGAGAUAAUAGGUAGAGUGAGUGCCGACCCUGACUACCUUCCCCGGACGAAUGACUUUGGGCUAAAUGUGGCCAGUUUCCUGCAGCAGUACCACCCUCCACAGUGCCCCUUGGCCUUCCUGCCGCUGGCUGUCCUCUGCUGUGACAUGGACGCCGACAAACGUCCUUCCUUUUCAAAGCUGGAGGAGUGGCUGGAGAACCUGCUGAUGCACCUGGAUAUCGGUCUGCCUCUGCUCUCCGAGUUAGAGCAGCUCAGCAGAGCCUUCUGGCAGAAUCACAGCCAGCAAAACCACUCUCACAUACAGCACAAUACCCUUGAUUCUCAUGAACAAACCCACUGUUCACAGCCACAGAGACACAGCCCCGACCCCAAACAGAGUCCGGACAAUGCAAAUAACCACAUAGAGCCUAAUCACUUCACUCAGAGCCAAGACCAUGAUAGCACACCUGACAGCCAUUCGGACGGAGAGAAGCAUGACAUGAGCACUGAACAAGACCACUCCUGUUUGAGCAGGCAACAUAAUGACCACUCACACGACAAGAGCCAGACGUGUUGUAGGUCAACGAGCACAGACUCAGGAAAGAAUGGGUCUGAAGCCUAUGGACACAAUAACACCUCAGGAAAACCAAAAGCCCAGUACGAGCCCUCACAGGCGCUGCAGGACAAAAACUCACUGCUAGGACGAUCUAACAGGCCCAGAAGGACAUGCAGAGCGCUGUGGGACAGAUCUACAGAAGACAGCUCUUUUCUCUGAAUGGUUAAUCUGAUGGACAGCCAAGACAGGACACAUCAACAAAGCCCAGUUUUGAAGGUUAAGACAUUUGUGCCUUUUCAAACAAUUGGGAGAGAAGUGAAACAUUCAUAAAGCAGUAUGUGAUGGACUAAUGCAUGGAAAACCUGUAGAGGCCUGAAACCAAUCAAUACAGAUUGAUAUGGGAUAUUUUUCAUGAAAAGGAGAAAAGAUUAGUGUGCAGCUUGAUAGCAUUUGCUUAGCACAUUACAUUUGCCUCAUAUUGCUCUGUAAACGGGUAUUUAUGUGGUUUCAACUAAAGCCCGACUGAUACUGGAUUUAGUUGAUGUCAGUAUUGACAUUUCAGAGUUCAAAAAUAAUUCAAUAGAAGUAUAUUUGGUAGUGCAAAGUUGAUAAGGAUUCCUUGAAACAACAUUAUGUAAAAUUUGGUGUGUUUUGCAAUUUGACAUCAAGCAAGCACAACACAAGACAUAGCAAGCCAGCUAAUAAGUUAUUACUUACUACUCCAACAGCUACCAAGAAGGCCAGCUCGGCUCGGCAUCUGCAUCCUUUCAGCUCUUUUAUCUCGCACCAAUGAGUAAAAGCCAGCCAGAUAUUUACUCUUGCUCGGUCGCUCUCUCUUUUUCUCUUCUUCAUUUCCUCAGACAACCUCUUCUUCGGUCUCUUCACAGCCUGUGCCAUGAUAGAUACUACCGAGCUAGCUUCUUAUUAUUGCUUGCUUGCUUUAGAGUCUUGUUGGCUUGUAAUGCUGUUAAGCAUUUCGCUGUUCUCAUGAUAGGUUUCCUGCCCAGGAGUGCAAUACUUCAUAGUGCAAUACCAAGUGCUCAGGUCCUGGAGUGGCAAUGACAGAGACACAGUUCUCAAUAUUUCAUGUCAGCAUACCACCAAGUUCCCCGAAAUCUGUGAGCGCUCUCAGGUGAACAGACUAUGUAAUGGAAACACUGUUUUUAAAUUACCUCAAUGGUCGGGCAGUUUAUCAGUUGGGUUCAAGUAUCAACUUUGUUCAGUAGCUGUGAAUGGCACUUUAUACUUUAAGCUACAUUGCAUACGUCAAUUAUUUAUCAGAUUGCCUUAUGUAUUUUCUGUUGAAAAAUUUCAGUCCACAUUCAACAACACAAUGAGCUGUGAACAUAUACAAUUAUAACUGUAACUUAGUUAACUUAAUAAAGAGAAAUACAAAUUUACGCAA